UUUGAUUAUUAUGUAUAUAUUCCAGAAAUGCUAUGAACACAAGCAGUACAAGAAUGGACUGAAAUUUGCCAAGCAAAUCCUGUCCAAUCCAAAAUUCCAUGAGCAUGGAGAAACCCUGGUGAUGAAGGGGCUGAUCCUGAACUGCCUUGGAAGAAAGGAGGAAGCCUAUGAACAUGUGAAGAGAGGACUCCGCAAUGACCUUCAGUCGCAUGUAUGCUGGCACGUCUAUGGCUUACUACAGAGAUCAGACAAGAACUAUGAUGAAGCCAUCACAUGCUACAAAAAUGCACUGAAAAGAGACAGAGACAACAUCCAGAUCCUUCGAGAUCUCUCUCUGCUCCAAAUACAGAUGAGAGACUUGGAAGGCUACAGGUGCUCCGUCCUUGAAGCAAAAGGGGAGCUCUUCUUGGCCUUGGGUCGAACCUCAGAUGCAGCCAAGAUAUACAGGGAACUCCUCCAGCGAAACCCAGAAAAUAGGAGUUAUUAUGGUGCUCUAGAAAAAGCUCUUCAGCCUUCCACAGUAGAUGAAAGGUUGAGGAUCUAUCAGGAGAUACGGGAGAAGUUCCCCAAAGCCAUUCUCCCACAGAGAAUACCUCUUGAUUUUCUCUCAGGGAAACAGUUUGAACAGGCAGUGGAUGCAUAUCUGCAAGUAUCCCUGACAAAAGGGGUGCCUCCAUUGUUUGUUGAUCUCAAGCCCCUUUUUAAGGACAAAGAGAAAGUCCAAGCAAUUGAGAGACUUGUAAUGGGCUACUGUGAUUCUCUGAAGCAAACUGGAAAGUUUCACGACACUGAAGAUUCUCCUGUGCAACCAGCAUCCAGUCUCCUGUGGGUAUACUAUUUCCUUGCGCAGCUUUUUGAUUAUCUGUCUCAAAGCACAAAGGCACUUCACUAUAUAGAUGCUGCAAUCGAACACACUCCCACACUCAUUGAGCUCUUCGUUGUGAAGGGAAAGAUUUAUAAGCAUGCAAGGGAUUUAACAUCAGCAUACAAGUGCCUAGAAGAGGCUCAAGGUCUGGAUACUGCUGACAGAUACGUAAAUUCAAAGUGUGCCAAGUAUAUGCUCAGAGCUGGGCUCAUCAAGGAAGCUGAGGAGAUUUGCUCAAAAUUCACUCGAGAGGGGGUCCCUGCCAUGGAGAACCUGAAUGAAAUGCAGUGCAUGUGGUUCCAGAAUGAGUGUGCUCAAGCAUACCGGAAAUUGGCCAAGUAUGGGGAAGCCCUUAAGAAAUGCCAUGAGAUUGACAGGGUACUCCUUCAAAUUCUUCCAUCUUGCUUCAACAUUGGUGGAUUGGUGAAGGAAUGUUAUAUCUCUUUUGGACAGCAUUUCAGUGAGAUCCUCGAGGACCAGUUUGACUUCCAUACGUAUUGUCUAAGGAAACUGACGCUGAGAUCAUACGUUGGUCUUCUGAGAUUAGAAGAUGUGUUGCGAUCUCACGAAUUUUAUUUUCGAGCUGCCCGGUGUGCAAUAGAGGUUUACCUACAUCUCCAUGACCAUCCCCUGACAGAAGAGAAUGGGAUUGACAGGAUAGAUCUUGUGGUGUAUAAGAGGGCUUUUGCAUAA